CCUGCACUGCGCUUCCGGCGGCGCCCACCCGUUCCGGAAGCGCCGCGCGCCGGAACCGGCCCCGGCCGCGCUCCCGGGAGGCCCCGGCCCGGCCCCCCCGGCCCCGGCAUCCCCCCAGCCCCCGGAGUCCUUCCGGCCCCUGGCUGUGGUCCUUAUCCAUAAGGUCCUGCGGUUCCCCCGCUCCUUCUCGGUUCCUCCCGGUUGUUCCCCGUACCCCCCCCCGCUCCUUUCGGUUCUCUCCGGUCCUUCUUGAUUCUUCCUGGUCCUUCUCGAUCCUUCCCGACUCUCUCCCCGGUGCUCGGUUCCUUCUGGUCCGACCGGUACCUAUGGAGUCGCAGUGCGAUUAUUUUAUGUACUUCCCGGCUGUGCCGUUCGCGGCCCGGGAGCUGCUGUCGGGCGAACCGGGCCGGUACCGGGCGCUCCCCCGCCGUAACCACCUUUACCUGGGUGAGACCGUCCGGUUCCUCCUGGUGCUCCGUUGCAGGCCCGGUAACGGCGGCGGCACUGGUCCGGGCCGGCCAGCCUGGGCCGAGCUGGCCGCCUCCUUGUCCGCCCUGGCCAGCGUCAGCCCCGGUGGCAUCGAAGCCUGCGGCGAUCGGGACGGAGAUGCGGAUGGCACCGGGGAUGGGACCGGAGCCUCACCCGACCCCGCCGUGUUCCGAGAGUGCAGAGCGCUGCUGACACACAGCCAGGGUCCCCCGGGGCGGCCGGCGGCUGGCAUCCCGGUGGAGGACCCAAUCGUGUGCCCAGAUGAGGUCAUCUUCCCUCUGACUAUCUCCCUGGACAAGCUGCCCCCGGGCACCGUCAAGGCCAAGAUCGUGGUGACAGUGUGGCAGAGGGACACGGAGCCAGCGGAGCUGCGGGAGGCUGGCAGCUACCUGGGGCUGCUGCAGGCGCGGGCACCUGCCCAGCUCUUCCGCCAGGAGCAGGGAGCCUUCAAGGCGCAGGUGAGCACACUGCUGACCGUGCUGCCCCCACCCGUGGUGCGGUGCCGCCAGCUCACCGUGUCCGGCAAGUACCUGACAGUACUGAAAGUGCUCAACGGUUGGUCCCAGGAGGAGAUCUCUCUCUGGGAUGUGCAGAUCCUGCCCAACUUCAAUGCCAGCUACCUACCUGUGAUGCCCGAUGGCUCCGUCCUGCUGGUUGAUGAUGUUUGCCACCACUCCGGGGAGGUGCCUGUGGGGGCCUUCUGCCGCCUGGCAGGGGCUGGCUCAGGCUGCCCUUGUGCCCUGAGUGCCCUCGAGGAGCACAACUUCCUGUUCCAGCUGCAGGCACCCGAGAGGCCUCCAGAGGAUGCCAAGGAGGGCUUGGAGGUCCCACUGGUGGCCAUCGUCCAGUGGUCAACGCCCAAACUGCCUUUCACCAGCAGCAUCUACACCCACUACCGGCUGCCAAGCAUCCGCCUGGAGCGGCCUCGUUUCGUGAUGACUGCAGCCUGUGAGUCGCCGGUGCGGGCACGGCAGCGCUUCACUGUCACCUACACCCUGCUCAACCAGCUCCAGGACUUCUUGGCAGUGCGCCUCGUCUGGACUCCCGAUGCCACUGCAGCUGGCAAGAAGCUGCCCGGUGCCACCCUGGACGCUGUAGUGUGCCACUCCCCCCUCACCAACUUGGGCUACUCACGCAAGGGCAGUGCCAUCUCCAUCCCCGUGGCCUUCCAGGCGCUGCGGGCAGGGCUCUUUGAGCUAUCUCAGCACAUGAAGCUGAAGCUGCAGUUCAGUGCCAACGUUGCCAACCCCCCCCCUGAGGCGCGGGCACUGUCCCGCAAGAGCAGCCCCAGCAGUCCUGCUGUGAGGGACCUGGUUGAGAGGCACCAGGCAGGGCUGGGCAGGUCCCAGUCCUUCUCCCACCAGCAGCCCUCCCGAAGCCACCUCAUGAGGUCUGGCAGCGUGAUGGAGCGCAGAGCCAUCACCCCCCCCGUGGGGUCACCCGUGGGGCGCCCUCUCUACCUGCCCCCCGACAAGACUGUGUUGGCACUGGACAAGAUUGCCAAGCGUGAGUGCAAGGUGCUGGUGGUGGAACCUGUCAAGUGACACUGGCACCUGGAAGGGCACCACCUUUGGGGGGCACAAGCGGUAUGGGCCUUUGAGGGGCACAAGUGGUAGGGGCUGGGGGUGAGGCCGUGUCCCCCUCCCGCCCCCCCCCCGCGCGGGACUGGCCAGGGCAUGGGCACCAAGAAGACUUCUGCACUCCUCUGGCUUCCAGUUUGGCUGCAAAGGGACCAGGACCUAUCCCUGGGACCAUGGGGAGGGGGCACACUGGGACCACCCCAAGGGGUGUGUAGGGGUGACCUGCACUACCAUCCCCCUCCCCCUAGGGAUGGGGAUGCCACCUGCCCCCUGUGGCACCUCUGCUCCUUAUUUAUUUGUUUCUGCGGGUGCCAAUAAAAGAGUUGGGUUGGGCA